CCUUUUACUUACAAAAAGGAGUUAAACACGCCCGCGCUUUCUGCUCGGAAGAUUUACCCUCUUCAUGAAAAAGAAAAGUAUUUCGCCUUUAAGAGUUUUGUUCCCCCCAGUUGAAGUUUUAUAAUGACCAUGACUACGAUAGCUGACGGUUUGGAAGCCCCGGACUCUAAAUCUGCUUUCAUGGAGUUUGGCCAGCAAUCCCAGCAGAGCUCUCCGGCCAUGUCUCACGGUCACUACCCAGUGCAUUGCCUGCACUCAGGAGGACAUUCACACCAGCACGACAGCUCGUACCCGGCCGCCAACACUUACAACAGAUCUUUACCUUAUCCCUACAUGAGUCACUCUCAUCAUAGUCCCUACCUGCCGUCCUACCACAGCAACACCACUGGCAGCCAGACACGUUUAGACGAGACAGAACAACAAAAGACAACAGUGAUUGAAAAUGGGGAGAUCCGCUUUAAUGGGAAAGGGAAAAAGAUCCGCAAGCCUCGCACUAUUUAUUCAAGUCUACAGCUACAGGCGUUAAAUCAUCGUUUCCAGCAGACUCAAUACUUGGCUUUACCAGAGAGAGCUGAGCUGGCCGCUUCGCUGGGGCUCACACAGACACAGGUGAAGAUCUGGUUCCAGAACAAACGCUCAAAGUUUAAGAAACUGAUGAAACAGGGCGGGAAUCCACUUGAGAAUGAUUCUGUGCCAGGGUCGGCUGCUCUCUCUCCUCGUUCUCCAGCUAUGCCACCAGUGUGGGACAUCUCAGCUUCGGCCAAAGGCGUUAACAUGGCCCCGAACAAUUAUAUGGCUGGUUAUUCCCCCUGGUACUCCACGACCCACCAGGAGACGGUGCAAAGGCAAAUGAUGUGACAGUCCGAGGCCAGUAACUCACAAUGGACAGAACACAAUGGGGUUAAAGGGAGCCCAUCGUUAGGCAAUGCCCAGGUGCGCCGCGACCAUUUUGGAUGGGAGAUCUAGCAACUAUUUUCAGUUGCUAAGUGCUAUGUUAAAACAAACUGGUAGUGGGCGGAAAAGGAGAAAUAGUCAGUGACUGUAGACAUUACAAAAGAGCCGCCACUGCCUUCAUAGAUUCCAUGAUACCGAAUGACCGCAAAUACGAAUGCAA